UCGAGAUUCGGUCUUCAUUUUCCGUACGGCCUCGUUUUGGCGUUGAUUGUAAAUACACACAAAAAGACGUGACCAGUGGACAACUUCCGACAUCAUAACGAUAGGUGACUAGUGAUUAUGGGGGGAGACAUUUCUCUGCAGUGCUGGAAUGAUGGUCUCGCAUAGAAAUCAUCUUCAUUGAAGGAAAAUGGCGGAUUCAGGUGCCACCAUGACAACCCCGUCAACAGGAAAUGGUGUGGAGGAAAUCAAACCCAACCCAGGCUCAGGCGUGAUUGUGGACCAGCCUGACAACACGGAGUAUGAACAGUCGCUCCAGAUCGUGCUGGGGACGGUGUGCGGUGUCGUCGGACUGCUGGGUCUCAUCAUCGUGAUCUCUCUGCUGUACAAGCUCUACAAGCGCCGCAAUCUCCGCCACCACCGAGCACCUGAUCAUCCAGAGGAAGAAUUGAGUAGCUCGAUCUCUAUUGACUUGGAUCAGAAGCAGAUUCCUACGAUACUGCUGUUGUAUGCAUUCGACUGUCCGGCCCAUGAGAAGGUGGUCUCUGCUUUGGCUGGCUUCCUCAUUGACACCUGCAACUGUAACGUACACCUUGAUAUAUUCGAAGACCAGAUCAUUCACGAGCGGGGGCUGGACGACUGGUUGAUUGACAGGCUUCAAGAGGCGGAUUUUAUUAUAGUGCUCUGUUCUGUGGGAGCGCGGCUCCGAUGCACCAAAAAACGGGUCAGGUUCAAAAGCGACCCGUAUCGAACCGUUCCCGAUUACUUUGCUGUCGCUGUGGAUUAUGUGGCUGAGAAAAUGCGAGUGGAGAGACUUAAAGGUUUACCCAUGUCUCGGUUCAUCGUAGCUUAUAUGGAUUAUUCUUACAGCAGUGAUAUUCCCCAUCAGAUAGAGAUGGGAACCAAGUUUCACCUGAUGAAAGACAUUACCAAACUGUUCUGCCAUGUGCAUGGGAUAAAUAGUUCAGACAGUAGUGUCAAGUUUGGCAAUCUGCCCCCCUCAGCCAUCGACCAGUAUUAUGAGAACUCGGAAAAUGGCCUGGAGCUUCAAGUUGCCAUCGAAUCGGCGAAAGAAUUCUUCAAAUGCAAUCCAAACUGGGUGGAGGACAGCAUGGAAGCUCUACCUCCGCCCUGCUCCAAGUCGAAAUCUCGCCCCUCAAGGAAGAGAUCAUUGGAGCCCUUGCUCGGGGAAUCUCCAUGUGAUCCCAGAAUGGUGGAAGCCAAAGUGGAAGUACAUCAACAGAACAUUUCUCCAAAGCCAAGUGAACAAAAUCAAAGGUUGUCGCCACAAAAGUCGCCAUCAAGACAGAACGAUUCGUUCAAAGUCAAGAACAGGUACUCUGCCGACAUUGAGACGAUUCCAUGUAUCCUGUGUGGGCAAGUUGACCACUGCAGUGAAAAUUACACCUGCAAGGGGAGAGAAUUCAGGAAAAGCAGCCAUGAUGACGAUGAAGACAGUGAUUUUUCCUCUAUCCGCGUCAAAAGUCGUUCCAUGCCUACUAUGUGUAGUUUAAGUUUGAACAGCUCUCAGACAGUAUAUCAUCAGGUGGAAGUUCACAAGGAGUGGAAAAUGAGUGAAAGCCAGCUGUCGGAUGAGACAGAAUCUCAGGAAUACGAGUCGAGUCGAGACUUAGACGACCUUGAGCGAGACUUGCAGUCCAUCAUCGCCCCUCAGUCCACCCAAGCCAAAACUAGGUCGCUGCCCAACCCGGUACUGUAUGGACAGAUGAACGUUCUCCCCAAAGUGUCAAAGUUCCCCGUUACCCACCAGAGUAGUUCCUCCUCAAGCAUGGGGUCCAUUCAGGACAUGAUCCUCUAGGCCAAAGGUCGAUGUCAUUGGUUGGUCUUUUGUUUGUAAUCGGACAUUUUGUCCCUCUGUUCAAAAAAUUGUUGUCUUUCUUUUUUUUUCGAAAGAAAAAAUUGUACGGCUUCUAGAUUUAUUUAUGUCAUUAUGAAGGAAACAUAAAGUUCAUGUAGAUGUCUUAAUUCAUUCGACUAAAUGACCUCAUUUGUUUGUUAAUUGAUUCAGGUCCAUUCUAGGUGUUGUUCUGAUGUUGAAACAGAUGCUCAUGUACUUAACGUCCCUUUUUAUUAUUUCAUAACCUUAGUACACCGCUUAUCAUGAUGAUGAAAAGUAUUAAUCAUUUAUUAAUGUUCAAAAGGAAUUUCACAGAAUGAUUUUUAAGUUUCGGGGGGAGGGGGGGGGAUAUUUGGAUAUUUUUUUAAUAAUUGAGGGGGAAAACAAACUUGGAAUAAUUGGAUGCUGUUGUAUGUAUGGUACAAAUUAAGCUAGAUGAGUACUUCAGGUGUGCUCUACUUUGCUCUAAAUGCUCUCACUGUUUUGAUUGAUAUUAAAAUACAUCGGAAAGUCACCUAAUUUGUUGUGACCAUUGAAUGUUAAGCCACAUAUUAGGUGGCUCACUACACCUUGAAAUAUUUUCUCAAAUCAGCAGAAAAUUACUUGAUUAUGAUAGAUAUCAGAAUGGAUAAGAAGUAUUUAAGUCAAAUAGGCAAAAAGAUGUGCAAUUUUUGAUGAAAAAUUACAUUUUCGAAAAUUUAAUUUAGUAAACAUGAACAAAAGCUCCAAGCGGAUUUGAACUCAUGAUCUGCCGUUCAGAAGCCCAAUUCUUUAACGACUGAGCUUUGACGAUAUACAACCGAAUCGAACAAUAUAAACAGUUUUACAAAACAUUUAGAUCGCCAUCUUGUGACGUAGUGUCUUAAAAAGUAUAAGUCUCGGUGUAGUGAGGUACCUUAAGGGAUGAUGCUACAUUGAACAUGUUUUAUCAUUAUUCAUCAUAAGAAAUGGCAUCUCCUGAAAAGAACUCUGAAAAUACAUAAAUUUAUUGUUUUAUAAAAGAAAUAAACGUUUAUACUGUAUAUGUGAGAAUUAAUUAGUUAUAUUUAACAAUUUAUAUACUAUUAAAUGUUAUAUUUUGUAAUUUAUUAAACAUGUUGAUUGAAGAUAUGUAGACUUACAAUUGUACAUUGUACUUUUCUGAGGUAUACUGGCACACAGGGGCCUUUGAAAUUAAUUUUAAAAUGGUCUUGGCCCCUGUGUACUAGCAUAGCAACUUAUCAGCUCCAACAUAUGUUAGAACUUCAAAUUACAUUUACAUUGAACAUGUUGAAUAUGACAUUCAUUGCAUAUUUUUUUUGUAAAAAAAAAAAAAUUCAUCCCUUUACAUGUACCCCAUUUUUGAAGCAUGGACAGUGAUUCCUAAGUUUUGGGAAAGAGUGCUUUAAGAGAAUGUGCAAUAGGUUGGGAGGCAAACAUGCCUUUGAUUUUUCAUGAAGAGGUGUGUGGCUUUUGUAUGGUUCAGGUCUAAGAGGACCCGGAUGUUAAUUUUUCUGCAUUUCAUAAUGUGAUACUAAAGUGGAAAUUACAAAUGAAAAUGUAUGAAGUUGAUAUACGUGUAUUAAUAUUUUGAUUUUGUUUGGGAUUGGGGAGGGGGUUGGUUAUAUAAAGUGUUCGAGAUUUGAUUGAGAAGGCUAUUUCUAUUGUGUGAAGGCAGUUUUGCUAAUAUCAUGUUUUCAAUGUACUUUGAUUAUUUUGAAAAUGAUCAUCAUUUAUUUUUUGGAUCCUCACAGAAUGUUACUCUUACCAUGCUUACAGCGUCUGAUCUUUCAUUUGAUUGUGUUCAGAUUUUCUCACCAGAUAUUGCAGUGAGCAAGACGCUUCCUUGUCUUAACUUACCUACCUAAACUGUAUUGUAUAGAUACACACCUGACAUAUAUAUAUAUUGUAAAUCACUUGAUUAUCAGUUAUGUGUGUGAUAUUAUGUUAUCCCUGUGUGUUGUGAGAGUGUCUCAAUUGUUUUGAAACUGUAUUUUAAUUUAUUUUUUCACAUUAACUCUAUCAGUAAUGAAAGUUUGAUUACAUGUAUUAUGGUUUUUGGCUUCCAUGAGAAAAAUGAUCCUUUGUCAAGGAGCUGGUCACAGUAUUCAACAGUACCGUAUUAAUCCUUUUAAUCCCUCGUGCUCUUACAUUCACCACGUUUAGAGAUGUUCUGUUUUCAAAUUAUUAGAAUGUUAAUGUGAAUUAUGUGUUAUUUGAUACUUUUACGGGCUUAGAAAAAGUAACAUGAAAUUAAAUCUUACACAAAUACUAUAAUUUUUACAACAUUUGCAGUAUGAUGAUUUUCCACUUUGGCAAUACUAGUAUUGUAAGCAUCAAGGGUGUUUUAUUCGAGAAAUACGGUAUUUGAAAAACAUAUCAUUGCUUAUUUUAGAAUGAAGCCAGGUAAAAAAAAAAAAAAGGAAAUACAUGUAUAUGAUAUACAUGAAAAAUAUACUCAAUUCUUCUUUUGAUGAUUUUUUGAUUAAAGUUGUCUUUCCUGAUCUAUUUUUUUUUACUACUUUGUCGUUACAUUGCAGGAAAGGCUAUGUUAUGAUGAUUUUUUUUUUACUAUGUCGCUACAUUGCAGAAAAGGCUAUGUAAUGACGCCACAUUGCAGGAAAGGCUAUGUAAUGAUGAUUUUUUUUUUUUACUAUGUCGCGACAUUGCAGAAAAGGCUAUGUAAUGAUGAAUGAAUAGGAAUUGUUUUAAAAAGAUUUUUUUUUUGGUAUUUUUAAAUUGUUCCUGUAUUUGUAUUGUUCCGUGCGUCUUUGGUUGAUUUUGAAUUCGAUUUAUAUAUAUGUACAUGUAUAAAAGAAUUGAAGCUAAUUUAAACAUACAAUGCAAAUCUGUUUUUUAAGUAUUAAAUGCAUCAUAUAAGUGUAA